UCUCAUGGGGCUCACAGACACUGAACCAGAAAACUUGCAUGGCUAACCUGGGCCCUCUGCAGUUGUGUGGCUUGGUCUUCUUGUGGGACUCCUGGCAGAGGGAGCAGAGGCUGUCUCUGACUCUGUUGCCAGCUCUUGGGACCCUUUCUUCCUGCUGGGUUGCCUCAUCUAGCCUUAAUAGGAGAGGGGGUGCCUAGUCUUGCUGUAAGUUGAUAUGCCAUGGCUGGCUCAUAUACGUGGGAGGCCUAAAUGUUUCUGAAGGGAAAGGAAAAGGAGUGGAUGGGAGAAUGUGGGGGAGAUUCAGGGAAGGACUGGAAGGAGAAGAAGGAGGAGGAGGGAAACUAUGAUUGGGCUAAGAAAUUAAUGAAUUGAUUAAUAAAAUUUUUUUAAUAAAAAAUUUUAAAGACAAUUACAGUUUAAUUGAUACAAUGGAAGCCAUAAUCAUAUCUGAGGGAAAGCACUCAGGAAAGUGUUCCAUGGUGUACUAUCCCAUUCACUCAGAGUGGGUCCGGAUGCUGAACGCUGCCUGAGGAUGCAGCUGCAGACCCUCCAGCUUUGCUGUUACCCCUGUCCGCCCUGAAAGAUGGGAUUCCAGUAGGAAGAGCUGCUUACAGUAGAAGGAGGGGCCCAGUCUAGGGCUAGCUGGAUCUCAGCAUGGAAGAUGGGAUCCCUUCUGCUGGCAUCUUCUGGAGGAACUAAAGACAGUCAUGCUUAUGCUCUGCACAUCCACACUGAGCCCUCAUGCAAUGCGUUGUCUGGGGUUAGGACAGAAUCGUCUUUGUGUAGACUCCCGUCUGCUUCUAAUUUGUGUGGGGGAGGCUAUGAGCAGUGGGAGAGGAGUGUGUGAGUGGGGAUGCUUGAGAUAUAAAAGUAGUCGAUGAAAUCAUGCUGACCUAAGUCAGUCUGGGAACAUCAAGUCACAAUCCACUGAAAGGCUUUCUUUUUGUCCCCCAGGGGAGGAUCCUGAAGAAGGAUGGCCAGCUCUAGUUCUCAACACAUGGUCUGUGGGUCAGUGACAUUUAGGGAUGUGGCUGUUGACUUCUCUCAGGAGGAGUGGGCCUGCCUGGAUGCUUCUCAGAGGGUCUUAUACAGGGACAUGAUGUUGGAGACCUACAGCAACCUCGUCACAGUGGUGGGAUGUUCCAUUUCCAAACCCGAUCUGAUCGCCUUAUUAGAGCAGGAGAGAGAACCCUGGAUGGUUGUGAAGGAAGAAACGGACAGGCCCAGCCCAGGUGAGUAAGAGGAAGGCAGGUCUCCAGCAUUGCC